AUGGACCCUUCUCCCUUAUCGUGUCCCUUUUGUCCUUUCUCUGAUUCGGAUCUCAAUUUUGUGGCAGAGCAUAUUGAAUAUUGCCAUCCUGAGAAUGGUACACAAGAUUCUGUCCCGCACCAUCUUCUCGGAUCGAGUUCGUUACCCGACUCACCACCGUCGGAAAAUGAGGAAUCAACGGCCAAGUAUGUGGACUGUCCACAUGGCUGUGGGGAAAUAGUCACUACUGCAGAGUUAUCCACUCAUCUAGAUCUUCAUGUUGCAGAGACUAUUGCGCUGGAUGAGACUGGAUCGGCUCAGUCACCUCCGGAUGUAGAAUCGGGCCUGAGCGACCGUGAUCUCUCCUCCGAUCCGGAGAACUCCUUCAACGCCACAGCUGUGCGAAAAGGUGGGAAACGAAGCCUAGGUCGGGACUUUGCAUACACCAAUGUAUCCAAGUCAAGUCGUGCGCCGAGUCCUCCCAGAACGGUGGGGCCAGACGGUGCAAAGCGUUUAGGGCGCUCUGAGUUGGGUCCUCAUGCUCAUGAGAAGAAGAUGCCCUCAUGGCUAAAUAAAAUGCUAGAGAAGGGUGGCCGUACCUCGAAACAGACCCAGAUCACGGCAGAUGGCAAGCUCACUCGGCACACGACAGUGGAAAACGAGACAGAUCAUUUGAUACCUGUCAUUGCAAAACUGUGCGAACAAGACAGUUCCGUUCAGCGAGCCUUUCUGUGUUCUUCCAAAGUUCGCCAUAUUUGCAAGAUGCCCCGUGAGGGUGGGUUCUGCGGGUACCGAAACAUUCAGAUGUUGGUCUCGUAUCUCACUAAAUCUCAAAGCCCGGGCCAUGAGCAUUUUCCGAAUGGUGUGCCAACGAUUCUAGAUUUACAAGAUAAAAUUGAGCUUGCCUGGGACAUGGGGUUCAACAGUGCGGGAAGAACCGAAACUGGAGGCAUUCGAGGCACCCGGAAAUUCAUUGGGACUCCAGAGAGUGGCGAUCUGCGAGCCUAUGAUUCUCUCUACAUGGAUGUAGCUACCUACUUCAGGUCAGGCUGCUCCCUAGAUGAUGAGAAGAGGGUAUACCGGACAGAUUUACCACCCAUCUAUUUUCAACAUCAAGGGCAUUCCAUGACAAUCAUUGGAUUUGAAAUCCGUGACAAUGGCAAAGCCAAUCUGCUUGUGUUUGACCCUAUGUUCAAAACCUCGCCUGCCAUGCGUCGUCUGACGGGGACAUCUUCCCAAUCCAACAAUCCUGGCCGCCUGCUCAAAGCGUACCGACGAGGCGCAUCAUAUCUGCAGAAGUAUAAAAUGUUUGAACUUCUCAAGAUGAGAGCCUCUCCGAAUGUGAUUGUCACAGGCACCCCUGGGGUGGGCAAGACCGUGCACUGCGAGCAGCUAGCGCAGGAGAUCGGCUUGAAGCAUUUGUCUGUGAAUCAGGUUGCCAAGGACCGCGACUGCUAUGAGACUUACGACGAGGAGCGGAAGAGCUGGGUGGUGGAUGAGGAUAAGUUAUUGGAUGCAAUUGAGGAAGAAGUCCUGCAGGGCGGGUACUUGAUUGACUGGCAUGCAUGUGAUCUCUUCCCCAAAUCUUGGAUUGAUCUCGUCGUCGUCCUCCGCUGCCCCUCGACCGCUGUUCACUACGAUCAAAAGCUACAGGAGAACCUGGACGCAGAAAUCUUUGGGGUCCUACUUGAAGAGGCCCGUGAGGCAUUCGACGAGGAAAUUGUGGUGGAACUGAAUAGCGAGGAGGACGGUGAUGUUGACACUAACUGUGCUAGGGUGGCACAGUGGGUCGAUAACUGGAAGAAACAACAUGACGACGACAAUUGA